GGGACUCGUCUAUCUCACCUUCUCUCACACGCUGAAAUCCCCUCCACGCCGCCGCCGAACACAUAAUCGCAAGACGCGCCGCCGGAACGCCGGACCCGCGCCGCCCCUCCGCCACCGCGCACACUCCUCCACCGCACGUACCGCGCUCACUCCUCCACCGCGCCGCCGCCAGCCACCGCGCUCGCCGCGCCUCCGCCACCGCUCCUCCAGGAUUCAGAUUGCGGCCGCGGUGACUCCCCGAGCAGAAGAACCCGAUCGAACGCGGCCGUGGCGACUCCCCGAGCAGAAGAACCUGAUCGAACGCGGACGCGGCGGCGACUCCCCGAUCUCAGAUCCCUGCUGCGAGCGAAGGACCAGCAGUGUUCGAUUCGAGCAGAGAUGGCGGCGGCAUGGGCGGGGCUGGCUGUGUUGCUCGUCGCGGCGCAGUUGGCAUCAGCGGCGCAGGUCACGGCGCCAGCGUUCCUGUGGGCGCCCAAAAACUACGGAGUGACAUACCUGAAAAUGGGUCGAGCAAUUAGUCUGUGGAAACACAUGCAAACAAUGGUAAAGGAGAAAGCCCCGGUGAUGGUGCCGCUAGAAUCACUGAGGUAAAUUCGAGCACCGCUGUCAAAAAGAAGAAGAAACGCGGUGACCGCCAGCAGCAGGAUGGCCCACAACUUAAGAAGUUGCUACACAGGGUCACCAGCCAGCAGUUGGAAAUACUUGAAGGUUUCUUGAGCAUAUGCGCACACCCUGACGACAUCCAAAGGAGGCAGCUGAAUGAGUCGACGGGUCUUUCGGUACAUCAAGUGAAGUUUUGGUUCGAGAAUAAAAGGACCCAUGUAAAGCAUCUGAGUGGAAGAGAAGAGAACUACAGGUUGAAAGCGGAGAAUGAAAUGCUGAAGGAGGAAAACAAUAGGCUUAUUAGGCAGGAACAGAGCAAUGCUCCUGCCCCUGCUCCCUGUCCCAGAUGCAUUAAUGAUGCGGGGCACCUCCUGCUCGAGAAAGAAGUUGAACGGCUGAAGGCGCUUAACCAGAUGCUGCAGCAAGAGUUGCAGCUACAAGGCACGGAUGGUGAAACACAUAGGCACUCAUCUCUCUCAGAUCUCGUUUACUGGAGCAUCAAAGUGUCAACUGCUUAUAACCCGCUUUGCUUCUACCAGCUCUCCUUCACACGCUCAGAGUUUUCCAUGGCAUUCCCCUACGUUUCCACAUCAGUCAACGAGAAACUAGAGGACUCGUUGCUAUCCAGCUUUGCCGAGAACUACAACAAUGGUUUCGGAAGAAACCGCAUCACCUACACAGACACGUGUACCGGUCAAGAUCUGAAGAAAUACCACAACAUGGAUGCCAUCAAUGACCUGGUAGUGUCAGGGGUAGCGUCAAGGAGAGUCAACCACCCAAGUGGACAAACCGAUAUAAUCGUCUUCUGUAGCGGCGGGUUCGAGAAUCCAGGCACUGCGAAAUCAAAAGGUUAGGUUAAAUACUACCGCUAAUUGUUGUUCCACUUCCGAUUGUUGUGCCGAAAGCUAAAUCUCUACGACGAUGACGACACCGUUUGGUUUUCUUGAGAUCCCUUCGGGCCUGCCGCUGAGUAGGCAUCUCGCGGAGAAGAAGACUAACGGCACAAAAACUGUCCAGGGCGAAAAAU